AUGCUUCUGUGCCACAAUGGUUGCGACAUUCCUUAUUAUAACUCUCAAGAUUUUACGGUUCUUUCUGUAAUCGGUUUUGGAGGUUCUGCUUUAGUUUAUACUGCAUAUUGGAAAACUACUCAAAUAAAACUUGCAAUUAAACAAUUUGCCGAAGGUUCGACUAAAGAAAUGAUUUUAAACGAGGUUUAUUUAAUGGGAAUUAUGAGAAAAACGGGGGAUUUUCAUCCAAAUAUAAUUAGAUUUCAUGGGAUCAUGAAUUUAAAUGAUGAAACAAAUUAUGAACUUAUACUUGAAUAUGCGGAUGGAGGAACGUUAGGAAAAUAUUUAAAAGACAACGCCAUAUCUUUUGACUGGGAAAGUCAAUUAAAAUUUGCCAAAGAAAUCGCGAUAAAAUUAUCGGAUUUUGGAUGUUCAUGCCUACAAGGAUCAGUUACUAAAGCAGCACGUGGUGUAAUAGGUGUAAUACCUUAUAUGGAUCCUAAAAUUUUUGAAAAUCCUUUAUAUGACUUUACCAAAAAAUCUGACAUUUAUAGCUUGGGAGUUUUAUUCUGGGAAUUGACAAGUCGUUCAUCACCUUUCAAUUUUGAAACAACAGACGAUACUUCUAUUCAGAUUGAAAUCCUUAAAGGAUUAAGAGAAAACCAUAUUUCAACCACAAAUGAUGUAUUUGUUAAGAUUUAUCAAAAAUGCUGGGAACAUGAACCAGACGACAGACCAGAUAUUGAUCUAAUAGUUUCGGAACUAAACAACAUUGGUCAUUUUAAUCAUAAAGAACUUGAAGAAAGUGAAAUUAAUGAAGAAUUAGAACUUUACGACGACUUUUCAGGUUGUGAUGUUAAAUUAUAUUAUUAG